CUGUGCGGCGCGUCCCCGUUUACGACACUGCCGCCAGCUCCCCGUCCCGCAGCCUUUGCGGUUGCCGGAGCGCUUUACGGCCCGGCGAUGGCGGAGGGAGAGCGGGCAGAGAGCGGUGGCCCCGGGCGGCCCCCGAGCCCGGCCACGCUGGAGCGGGCCGAGGCGCUGAAAACGCAGGCGAACGAGUUCUUCAAAGGGAAGGACUACGAGAACGCCGUGAAGUUCUACAGCAGCGCCAUCGAGUUGAAUCCCACCAACGCCAUCUACUACGGGAACCGGAGCUUGGCCUACCUACGCACGGAAUGCUAUGGCUACGCCCUCGCCGACGCCACGCGCGCCGUCCAGCUCGACGGCAAAUACGUCAAAGGCUACUACCGGCGCGCCGCCUCCAACAUGGCCCUCGGCAAGUUCAAGGCUGCCCUACGCGACUACGAGACGGUGGUGAAGGUGCGGCCGAACGAUAAGGACGCGAAGCUGAAGUACCAGGAGUGUCACAAGAUCGUCAAGCAGAAGGCCUUCGAGCGCGCCAUCGCCAGCGACGAGCACAAGCGCUCCGUGGUGGACACCCUGGACAUCGAGAGCAUGACCAUCGAGGACGAGUACAUUGGCCCCAAGCUGGAGGGUGGCAAGGUGACAUUGACCUUCAUGAAGGACCUCAUGCAGUGGUACAAAGAGCAGAAGAAGCUGCACCGAAAAUGCGCCUAUCAGAUCCUGGUGCAGGUCAAGGAGGUGUUGGCCAAGCUCCCCACCUUGGUGGAAACCACCUUGAAGGAGACGGAGCAGGUGACGGUUUGUGGGGACACUCACGGGCAGUACUACGACCUUCUCAACAUCUUCGAGCUCAACGGGUUACCUUCUGAGGUCAACCCCUACAUCUUCAACGGGGACUUCGUGGACCGCGGGUCCUUCUCGGUGGAGGUCAUCCUGACGCUCUUCGGCUUCAAACUCCUCUACCCGGAGCACUUCCAUCUGCUUCGAGGGAACCACGAGACGGACAACAUGAACCAGAUCUACGGCUUCGAGGGGGAGGUGAAGGCCAAGUACACGGCGCAGAUGUUCGCCCUCUUCAGCGAGGUCUUCGAGUGGCUCCCGUUGGCCCAGUGCAUCAACGGCAAAGUCCUGAUCAUGCACGGUGGUCUCUUCAGCGAGGACGGCGUCACCCUCGAUGACAUCCGCAAGAUCGAGCGGAACCGGCAGCCCCCGGACUCAGGUCCCAUGUGUGACCUCCUCUGGUCGGACCCACAGCCCCAGGUGAGUGGAACCGUGUCCCCAAGUCCCCAACGCGUCCCCCGAGGACGUGGGCUGUCCCCUCCGUGUCCCCUUCUCCCCUCCUCGGUGUCCACAGUGUCCCCAUGAGCCUCUUUGUCC